AUGUCCAUGCUGAAGAACCAAAGAUUCACUGUCGACGCUCUGUUCAAUGUCGCUGGGUGGGUGUGCGUCGUCACUGGUGGUGGUACUGGGAUAGGGCUCAUGAUUGCUCAAGCCUUGGCCAACAGCCGCGCGCGCGUCUAUAUCACUGGUCGCCGCCAAGACGUGCUUCAGCAAGCUGUCGACUCGUGGGGAUCACCUCUUUCUCACAUGAAGGGAAACGUCUAUUCAAUCUCUCAGGAAGAGGAUCAUGUCGGUGUUCUAGUCAAUAACGCUGGCAUUACCAGUCAGACCACUGAAGUAGAAAAAGGUGAUGUCAACGCCAAGGAACUUAGUAGUGAACUGUGGGAACUAACGGUGGAGGACUGGUUGGAUGUAUACAGGACAAAUGUUAUGGGCCAUUUUUUCACGGCUACCGCCUUCCUGCCCCUCCUAAGUGCCGCAUCCAACUUGCGCCCGGACCAUACAGGAAAUAUUAUCAACAUCUCUUCCAUGUCCGGAAUCACCGCCACCUCUCAGUAUCACAUUCAGUAUAACGUGUCCAAGUCAGCCUCCAUUCAGCUAACGAGGUUGCUUGCCCAAGAGUUCAAGAGGCCCGGAGUCAACGUCAGAGUCAAUAGUAUUGCUCCUGGCAUUUUCCCGUCUGAAAUGACCAUGUCUGGUUCGGAUGAACAAAACAAGUCGACCAUUCCUGCAGGCAUGGACUAUGGCGAGAAGAAGGGCAUUCCUGCUGGUCGUCCGGGUAAAGAAGAAGAUAUAGCCCAGGCAGCGCUGAUGCUUGCUACCGACCAAUAUGCUUAUGGCCAGCGCCAUUGUUUUCCAGUUGUCACCAUUGAUGGAGGAUAUUUGCUUGUUCAUGGAUAA